CGCAAAUAACUUCACUCCUCACAACAGGCAUUGAAACUGAUUGUAAAGAGACCAACAGAGGAGUCUUGGUGGAAACGGCAAGUCACUCAUACAGAAUGCGACAGCAGUGAGAGAGAGAGAGAGAGGGGGAGAGAGAACCGACCAAAAAAACAAACAUUGAUCUGACUGAAAUGUACUGAUAGGAAGGAGAACAGCGAGUCAGGAGGGACAUUAGAAGCAGAUUUGGAACGGGACAAAACUGGAGUGGGCAGAGGUUUCGUUGGACAGUGAAGGGGGGUCAGAUAACCGUCCAUCAGAGGUUAAAAGGAAGAUGUGUAGGAAAUGACUGCUUGUGCUUGGCUUGAUUUGGAGGGAGCUGUAUGUAAAGAGUAGCAGGGAAAGGUUACUUUGGGUUCGCCUGGAAGCGUGAGGCGUGUUCACAGACCGGGUGCUGAAGAUGGGACCGCUCGCCUCUCCGUGUACAAUCGCCCUUCUCUCCUUAACCUUUUCCGUGCACAGGGUUCGGUGUAACGAAAUCCUUGGGUUAAAGAUCCCGGUUGACCCUGUCCUAACCGCGAACACGGUGUGCCUCACGCUCUCAAGCCUGACUCGCCGUCAGUUGGAAGUCUGCAUGAAGAAUCCCGAUGUGACAGCUUCUGCGAUCCAGGGAAUCCAGAUCGCCAUCCAUGAAUGUCAGCACCAGUUCCGGGAUCACAGGUGGAACUGUUCCAGCCUGGAGACCAAGAACAAGAUCCCCUAUGACAGUGUGAUCUUCAGUCGAGGUUUUAAGGAGAGUGCAUAUGCUUAUGCCAUUGCGGCUGCCGGAGUGGUUCACGCUGUCUCCAACGCCUGCAGCCUGGGCAAACUGAAAGCCUGCGGCUGUGACGACAAGCGGCGAGGCGACGAGGAGGCCUUCCGCCUCAAGCUCAACCGGCUCCAGCUGGAGGCCCUGAACCGGGGGAAGGGCAUGGUGCACGGGGUGCUCGAGCCUCUGCCUGGUGACCUGCCGGGGCCCCAGGACUCCUGGGAAUGGGGAGGCUGCAGCCCCAAUGUGGAGUACGGCGACAAGUUCUCCAGGGAUUUUCUGGAUUCCCGGGAAACCUACAAGGAUAUCCACUCGCGGAUGAGGCUCCACAACAACAGGGUGGGGCGGCAGAUGAUUGCAGAGAACAUGAAAAGGAAAUGCAAGUGCCAUGGCACGUCUGGGAGCUGCCAGCUGAAGACCUGUUGGCAGGUGACCCCGGACUUCAGGACAGUGGGCUCCCUACUGAAGCACAAGUUCUACAAUGCCACACUGAUCAAGGCCCACAACCGCAACACAGGCCAGGUGGAGCACACCCACCACCACCCACACCGGAGGAAAUCCAGCGCCUGCGAGCUGGUCUUCUUCGAGGAGUCGCCCAACUUCUGUGAGAGCGAGCCCAAGUUGGACUCGGCGGGUACCCAGGGGCGGAUCUGCAACAAGACCAGCCCCGGCCUGGACAAUUGCGAGAGCCUGUGCUGCGGCCGGGGCCACAACAUCCUAAGGCAAACUCGCCGGGAGAGGUGCAACUGCAAGUUCCACUGGUGCUGCUAUGUGGCGUGUGAGGAGUGUCGAGUGACCGAGUGGGUCAGCGUGUGUAAAUAAGGACUGCGGGGGCUUGUGAAAAAAGAAAGGACACAAAAAAAAACCAAGCUGGGAACAAUAUAAACUUAAGAAAAAGGACACAGAUCAGCCAAAGAGAUGUUGGACCCUCAAUUUCUGCACUGCUUUAUUUGGAAGUUUGUGAUUGGAGAAGCGGCAGAGCGAGCUUUCACCCCGCCCCUUCCUUUCCUCGGACUGGGGCCAAAUUAUUUUUCAGAAUUCCCUGGAACGAGGCCGGAAUUUUCUGCCAGUUAACGAAUCGUUUCUCUGGUUUCUUUUCUCUUCGCACCCUUAACAGCGAAAGACGUUGGAACGUUUCACGGAACGGGACUCGGAAGCAGCUCACAAAAUUAAGAGACUCAGGAAUUACUUUUAAACUAAAAAAAAAGUGUGGAGAAGAAAGGAACAGCCAAGAGAAAGAAAGGGGGAGAAAAACACAAAUGUGUAAUUAUUUGUAAUAGUGUGUUCACUUUUUUUUUCUUAUUGCCGUUGUUUAAUGUAUUAUAAGUUAUUUUAAUAUAACGGAUACUUGUACAUUUU